UACAUGCCAGCUGGCACGGACGCAAGAUCUAGGCCGUUUAUUAGGCCGGCAGGGAGUGAUUGUGCUUUUGUCCACAAGACAGGCGAGUAAUGGCCAUUGAUUUUCCUACUCAUGUGGGGCCCUCUUGAUGGAGAGCUGUAAAAGAAUGUGGUCUAGUAGGCUUUUGUAUCAGUGGGCCCCAGGGCUGAAUGAUCUAAACCAUGGAUAUGAUGGAUCUCACCUUAGAUUACUCAUCCACCAAAAAAAAUAAGUAAAUGAAUAAAAUAAACAUUGAAAGAUCAUAGAUACAGAAUAUCUGUGCCUUUUUCGGUUGAAUGUGGACCCUUGAUUUGCUUUCUAUCUCAACCGUCAAUUUGUCGAGCCACCUAUUCAAGGGUCAUAAGCUUCUUCCAUCGAGGAGAUUUGUCGUUCAUCCACCAUCCAAAUUGGUAACAAAGUAUCAACGGUCUGGAUCACUAGACCAUGGGCCCCACCUGUUUGGGUCAAAUGGGCCACCACAACGUGGACAAAGAAAUGGACGGUUCAGCAAAUAAUAAUCAACGGCCUACAUUCAACACGCUCGCUAUUGUCUCUCUCUCACCUCACUUGACCAAGUCCGCCGGCAUGAUUUUUAUACAGACAAUUCACUUUGCGGGACCAUCUAAAGAACGGCCUUGAUCCCACACGUGGGACACGCAGGCACGUGUGGGCUGUUUGUGAUGGGAGCGCGCCUGGAAUCAGCCCAGUGGCAGUUUGGUCAUUUAGGCUCCAUCUAACCGUUGCGAUUCCCGCUUUAUUCACAAAUUCAAAAACCGUUGGAGGUUCUCUCUCACUCUCCAUGCCCUCAUCAGUAUUGCGAAAUUUUCACUUUUCACGCCGAAUCUGCAAGAACUUCUUCGAACCUGACAAGACGUUGAAGGGUCUUUGCUUUUCUGGAAGGUUGUUCGAAGCCGUAGAGAUUUUGUGCCGAAAAGGGUCACCGGUAAAUCCCCAAACAUAUGCGUUCCUACUUCAGGAAUGCAUAAAUCUGAAAGAUUUUAAGUUAGGGCGACGGAUUCAUGCCCAAAUGAUAAUUGUUGGGUUCGCUAUCGAUGAAUAUCUGAGGACUAAAUUGGUAAUAUUGUAUGCAAAAAAGGGGGAUUUGGAAACCGCCCACCGACUGCUUGCUAAAAUUCCCGAACGAAAUCUGGUUUCUUGGAAUGCAAUGAUCUCUGGGUACGUGCAAAAGGGUCUUGAAGAGGAGGGUCUGAACCUCUACCAUGGGAUGAGACGGGUUGGUUUGAAACCAGAUCAGUUCACGUUUGCAUCGGUCUUCCGGGCGUGUGCUGGCUUGGCAACGCUUGAGGAGGGGAAGCAGGCCCAUGGUGUCAUGAUCAAGACCCAAAUCAAGGGUAACAUCGUUGUAAACAGUGCCCUUGUGGAUAUGUAUUUCAAAUGUAGCAGUCCUGAUGAUGGCCGCCGUAUUUUUGAUAAGUCAUCGGAGCGGAAUGUCGUUAUGUGGACUGCUCUGAUAUCGGGUUACGGCCAGCAUGGGUGUGUAGAAGAGGUUUUAGGUCUUUUCCAUCGGAUGAUAGAUGAAGGAUUUAGGCCGAAUUACAUUACGUUUCUUGCUGUCCUCUCAGCCUGUAGCCACGGAGGUCUGAUUACCGAGGGUCAGAUGUAUUUCUCAUCAAUGACAAGAGACUUCAAAAUUAAGCCAAGUGGGGAGCAUUACGCAGCCAUGGUCGAUCUUUUGGGCCGCGCGGGCCGCUUAGAUGAGGCUUAUGACUUAGUUUGGAAAUCACCUUGCAAGCAACAUGCGGUGAUUUGGGGUGCUUUGCUUGGCGCGUGUAGGGUUCAUGGUGACAUAGAGUUGGCAAAGAUUACGGCGAAGAGGUUUUUUGAAUUGGAACCAGAGAAUGCAGGGAAAUAUGUGGUGCUGUCGAAUGCUUUCGCUGGUUUUGGGUUGUGGGAAAAUGUUGCAGUUGUCCGUGAAAUGAUGAAGCAGUCAGGGAUGAGUAAGGAGCCCGGUUGCAGUUGGAUUGAGGUCCAGAGAGAGGUCCAUACUUUCUUUGUGGGAGAUAAAUCUCAUGAACAGACAGAGCAGAUAUAUGAGAUGAUCAGAGAACUGGCUUGCAUUUUAAAAGAAGAAGGUUAUGUUCUGGAUAUAAAGAGUGGAUGAGAAAAAUAGAAGAAAGAAAAAACAACUUUGAUUGUCACGUUGGAUUGCCUAAUACUUGACAUGUGGGAGGUUGUGUAGUGGAUCCAGGCCGUCCAUCUAGUGGGUACUACUGAUGGCCCCUGGUCAUUGAAUUUCACCAAACAGAUGAUCCUACCAUCAGUUUGAUUUUGACUGUUAACCAUUUCAAGGCCAUUGUUUGUAUGGCUAGUAUAGUCCAUUCAGCGUGACUUUUGACCUAGAACCAUUGAAGGAUAGGACACAUGCUAAAUCAAUGGUCCUGGUAUACUGCCCCACCGUGCAUCGAACCAUGGGCCCCAUUUGUAUGAACUAGCACUGGAGGACACCACACAUAUCCAUGGAUCAAGGAUCAUGUAAUACCUCUUACAUCAAUGUGUAUUUGUCUUCCAAUUUCUCUUCUAUGGUAAUUCUAAUCUGAAACCUGAAAGCAUCCAUUGCAGGUAAAAGAUCUUCUACACCACAUUGCCCACCCGCCUAUAUUUGCAGGAAAGAUCAGAAGCUUGUCUUCAUUUGAAGAAUGGUAUGCGACGAGCUGUAUGAGGUUUGGAUGCUUCAGGCUCCCCACCCACCUCAUCAUUUGCCGGAAUGCUUCCAUCGAGACCUGCAAUUUCUUCAAUCUCUUGACAGCAAAGCUGUCGUUGUUUUUCAACGUCACCUUGUAAAGGGUGCUGUAAAAGCUCUGCCCCUGUAAAUCUGCUGGAGAGCCAAGAAGCUCUUCUAGCUUGAAUCGCUCGUGCUCGUUGACGAAGAAAACAAGCUCCGACUGUUCGUUCUCUGUUUCCGUUUCUUCCUUCGCUUCAGAUGUUAGAAUCUUGAUAGGACUCGGAGAGUCCUGGAGGAAGACCUUUUUCUCCUUCUCCUCUGAUGAUUUCGGUACUCUGUUUCUCGAGACGGCCACGAAGAGCACAAAACACAUGAGUACAAGAAGCAGUGGGCUGUAGUUAUAGACCCAUCUCAGGUUUCCUCCUCUCUUUCUAUUUGAAUCUUCUGAAGAAGGCUGAGGUGAAAUCUCCCAGUCCAGUUUUGGUGAAUGUGUUCCAUUGUCGGUUGUAUUCGAUUCCAUUGUAAUUGAGUAGACCAGCUCAAGAUCUGGUUCAAAAUUCGGGACAGGCCCAAACAAGCUAUUGUUUGAUAUGUCCAAGCUUCUGAGAUUCUUCAAGUUGGUUAGAGAGGCUGGGACCCGCCCAUGCAAUGAAUUACUGCUCAGAUUCAGGUGGGUCAAGCUCGUGCAGUUGGAUAUCGAAUCAGGAAUACUUCCUAUGAUGUGAUUCUUCGCUAAGCUAAGGACUUGCAGUGAUGGAAGCUUGCACAGCGAAUCCGCGUUGAUCCAACCGCUGAGAUUCAAAUUUUCAAGCCUGAUCUCCGUUAUGCUAUGGAUAUCUGAAUUGCAUUUGAAGAUCAUCGGACGGUCGAAGCAGCGAUUGGACGUAAACCCAUUUGAGCUAAUUCCCAAUGAGUUUCCAGGAUCGACCGCUCGAAUGAAAUCGAUGAGAGAAGCAGAUUCUGAUGGCCCACCUCCUACAUGGACCCCAGUGAAUGAAAUGAAGCUUAUGGUGUAUAUUAACCAUAACGACAACAGAUUGAAAUCUUUUCUCGACAGCAUUUUCAGAUCAUGGAAACUGAUCUGAUCGAAUUCAUAGGAUUUUAUGGUGUUUUUAGUGGGAGAUUAUGAUCAAAUGCGUAUUUAAUCUGUUUUGUUUCUAUGCAUCAGAUGCAGACAUUUUCCUUCUUAGAUGCCAAUGUUUUGACAUGACCAAUGUUCAAAUCCUUGUGUAUAUGAUCUGUCAUCUCCAAUGUGUUUAUUUUCUUCUCUGCAGUUUUGUAAGUUUGGGUUUGAGAAUUAGCUGAUCUGAUCCGUUCAAUCAUUUCCUUUAUCUUUUACAGCCAUCCAUUUUCAUACCCAUAGAUGGGAAUCAUGGGAUGGAUAGAAUUGUCUGAUAAAAGUGAUUUUUCA